AUCCUCCUCGGGUCAAGGAAUUCGUCCCCGCGCCCCCGAGGGCGGGAAACUACAACUCCCGGCAUGCCCCGGGCGCCCCCGGCGCGCCCCCCUCCCGUCAGUUCCAUGCUGCUCCAUCCAGUUCAUUUAAAACAAAAGAGUUUGAGCGCUGGAAGGGGCUGGGCUCUAUUGGGGGCCACUGAGCGCCGCUCCUGGACUGGGGCUCGGUGCGGGAGCCUAAGGGGGGCGUCUGGACGGCGGGGUCUAGAGACUCCCGGGUGCGAGGCGGGAGGGGUGGGGGCAGAGAUCCCGCAGCCCCCCGCCCCCCGUCACCCCGGGAGAGGAGAGGAGAGGAGAUCUGCCUUCUUGGUUUUGCUUCUCUUUCCCCCCACCCCCACCCCGGGGGCUGGGGCGAGGGGAGUCGGGUUACAGGGUGUUUGGGGAGGGGGGCUUAGGAGGAGGGUCUAUCUUUCUAUCUCGCUUUCUUCCCCCCUCCCCAGUUCUUUGUUCCCCCUCCCCACACCCCCCCCUCCUCUCCCCUCCCCUCCCCUCCUCUCUCCUCUUUUCCCUUCCACCACCUCUCUCUCUCUCCCUCUCUCUCUCUCCCCCAGCUUUUGUUUCGCCAUGCCUAGUCUAGUGGUAUCUGGAAUAAUGGAAAGAAAUGGGGGCUUUGGAGAACUAGGAUGUUUCGGGGGAAGCGCUAAGGACCGAGGGCUGCUGGAAGACGAGCGCGCCCUUCAGCUGGCUCUCGAUCAACUCUGCCUCCUGGGUUUGGGGGAGCCCCCCGCCCCCACGGCGGGCGAGGACGGGGGAGGUGGGGGGGGCGGCGCCCCCGCGCAGCCGGCCGCCCCCCCGCAGCCGGCCCCGCCGCCGCCGCCCGCGGCGCCCCCGGCCGCCCCGACGGCGGCCCCCGCGGCGCAGACGCCCCAGCCCCCCACCGCCCCCAAAGGGGCCAGCGACGCCAAGCUCUGCGCUCUCUACAAAGAGGCCGAGCUGCGCCUGAAGGGCAGCAGCAACACCACCGAGUGUGUACCCGUGCCCACCUCCGAGCACGUGGCCGAGAUCGUGGGCAGGCAAGGCUGCAAGAUUAAGGCUCUGAGGGCCAAGACCAACACCUACAUCAAGACGCCUGUGCGGGGUGAGGAGCCAGUGUUCAUGGUGACUGGGCGGCGAGAGGACGUGGCCACAGCCCGACGGGAAAUCAUCUCGGCAGCCGAGCACUUCUCCAUGAUCCGCGCCUCCCGCAACAAGUCGGGCGCCGCCUUCGGCGUGGCGCCUGCUCUGCCAGGCCAAGUGACCAUUCGUGUGCGAGUGCCCUACCGCGUAGUGGGGCUGGUGGUGGGCCCCAAGGGGGCAACCAUCAAGCGCAUCCAGCAGCAGACCAACACGUACAUUAUCACGCCGAGCCGUGACCGCGACCCCGUGUUCGAGAUCACGGGUGCCCCGGGCAACGUGGAGCGUGCGCGCGAGGAGAUCGAGACGCACAUCGCCGUGCGCACGGGCAAGAUCCUCGAGUACAACAAUGAAAACGACUUCCUGGCGGGGAGCCCCGACGCCGCGCUUGAUAGCCGCUACUCGGAGGCCUGGCGAGUGCAUCCGCCGGGCUGCAAGCCCCUCUCCACCUUCCGGCAGAACAGCCUGGGCUGCAUUGGCGAGUGCGGAGUGGACUCUGGCUUUGAGGCCCCGCGCCUGGGCGAGCAGGGCGGGGACUUUGGUUAUGGCGGGUACCUGUUUCCGGGCUAUGGCGUGGGCAAGCAGGACGUUUACUACGGUGUGGCUGAGACUAGCCCCCCGCUCUGGGCGGGCCAGGAGAACGCCACGCCCACCUCGGUGCUCUUCUCCUCCGCCUCCUCCUCUUCCUCUUCCGCCAAGGCCCGCGCCGGGCCGCCAGGAGCGCAUCGCUCCCCUGCCACCUCAGCAGGGCCCGAACUGGCAGGACUCCCGAGACGCCCGCCGGGAGAGCCCCUCCAGGGCUUCUCUAAACUUGGCGGGGGUGGCCUGCGGAGCCCAGGCGGCGGGCGGGAUUGCAUGGUGUGCUUCGAGAGUGAGGUGACUGCCGCCCUCGUGCCCUGUGGACACAACCUGUUCUGCAUGGAGUGUGCAGUACGCAUCUGCGAGAGGACGGACCCGGAGUGUCCCGUCUGCCACAUCACAGCCACGCAAGCCAUCCGAAUAUUCUCCUAAGCCCCCUGCCCCAUGCCUCCUGGGGCCACUCCCCAGGGUCCCGCCCUGGAGCUGUUUUCCACUAGGGCCUUUUGGAAAUCAGUGAUUUGAGGGGCAAGGUGCUUAGAGAUACUCGCUCGCUGGGGAGGGGGAGGGGAGGCGAUGGUGGCCGGAGGGUGGGCCACUUUCAGAGCCUCUGGUCACCCUGUCCUGGAAAGUUUGGGAGGGGGCCAGACUGGAAAUUUUCCUAGAGUUACAACUCUGAUACCUCAACACACCCUUCAAUCUGGAAGCAGCUAAAAGAAACUUUUGUUUUGCCAGAGGUGGCCUCCAAGGCAUCCUGACCCCCCUGUCCCUCUCCCCAUCUGUGCAUCACACCACCUCUUCCUCUGCGAAGGAGAUGGGGAAAGGGAGAGGGGGAGUUACCAUCUGUAUCUAGAGGCACUCUUUCCACUCCCCAAGCCCUCUGGUCCUGACCUCUGACCUCCUAACAUGUACCUUUAGACCCCUCCACCACCAUAUCCUGUUUGGGAAUCUGUUCCUGGGUUUCUAACGGUAUAAGGGGGUUGGGGCCCUUUCAAAAGUCUGCAUAGAUUUUCUUGGGGGAAGGGGAGAAGCAUGUCAAUCGAGAAAAGGCUCAGAACUCAUCUGUCCCUACAAAGCUGGGCUAGGGGAAUCUGGAUGGGGUGCCCCUGUCUGCCCCUCCAGCUUUCCCUUUGCUCCCUCCCCCAUCUUUCCUCCCUUGGUUUCUCCUUUCUCCUUUGCUCUUUCCCCAGCUCUUCUCUUUGCUUCCCCUUGGUGCUGUCAUUCCCAGCCCUGUCUUGCUCUUUCUGUUUCUUCCUUUCUCCCCCCUUCUUCCUGCCCCUUCCAGCCCAGCUUUGGGGACACCAUCCUCCUGGGGAGAAGUAGGGGGAAGAACAUUUUGGUAGUCCCCCCUAAUUCCUCUUUUGGCAUCUGGAGGCCCUCUCCCCCACUCCUCCAAAGAAACACCUCAAAUUCUUGAUGGAAUGUAUCCCCAUUCUCAGAAAAUUUGAGGAGGGGACUAAUACUGGGGUACAUAAAGGGUCAAACCUCCACCUUUAUCAUCUUUGGGCAUUACAUGUGGGGAGCAGUUCUUGGGCUGGAUUUUCUGGCGGUAGGAGGGGAGAGCCGAGGUAGUGUGUUUGCUGUUUCAAGGAGCAGGAAAGGGUCUGAGGCAGGAGGAGAGGCUGCUGGUGGCAAGGGCUGCUCCUCCUCCUCUGCAGAACCCCGCCCCCUGUGCCCCUCACUGGAUCUGACCCGAACCCUUAUUAGCGAGCAAAUCAUGAAGUCUCUGUCCUAUUCAUUGUGGUUAAGGAGAGAGACCAAGUCUUUAGAGAGGGGUCAGUCCAGGGCCAAGCAGGACUGGGGUGCGGCAGGGCCUGUUCCAAGAAUCAAGUAUUGUACGGGCCUUGCAACCCCUUUGCUGCUUCCCUGCUGCUCACUCGAGGCUGCCACCAGCCUCCCACCCUCCUGGUUCCGCUGGCCGGGCCAGGAGAGCAUGGGGGAUGGGAGUCCCUGGGUGUCCCAGGAGAUUCUUGUAUAUAGUGGAGUGGGACUGCUCUAAGUGAUCUCUGAGCACUUAAGCUCGAGAGUCCCAUUCUUCCUGGAUGGAGAGGGGGUGCAGGGAUGGGGGUACAGAGGGGAUUUCCUCCUCUCCUUCCUCCUGUUGUGAAUUAACUCACCUCUCCUCAGCCUUCCCCUCCAGACCACCAGCCAGGGAGGGGAGAGGAAGGAGGUCACAGCCAGGAAAGCUGGUCUGUGACAACUUCCCUCCUUCCCGCCAAUGUGAGCCAUCCUGAGAUGUCUGUACAAUAGAAACCAAACCAAAUGGGCACCCUCGGUCGCCGAGGGGGGGUGGGGAGGGGGGUGGGAAGAUGGGAUGUCUGUCUGUCGAUCCCCCUCCCCCUCUCCACUCCUUAUCACAAAGGCAGAAGACUGUUAUGCUAGGGGGCUCGGAAAAUUCAAUCCCACCCUUACUGAUUGAGCCAAACCUAGAAACAAACGCAAAACACACAUUGUGAGAGACAAAAUAGAGGAGAGAAAGAGCGCGAGAGGGAGCGAGAGAGGCGACCAACACAGAGGAGAGAAAACAAAAAUAGCAAAAAAAAAAAAAGCAGUUCUUUAUAAUUUAAUAUUCUAUUUUAAUAAAGGCGUUUAUUACCGUAUAAAUGUAGCAAAGAACCUGGGCUAAUAUGAAAAAAAAAAGACUUUUUAUUAGGUAAUUUAUUAUAUGAAAAGGAUAUUUUAUUUUAUGAUAAAGUGAUCCUUAAAAAAAAUAAAAAAACUUUAGAAGGUUUAGAAUAUAUGUAGGGAGAGAAGAAGAAAAAAAUACAUUUGUAUUCAGAGUUAAAUCUUAAAAAAAGUGUUUUUAAUAUAUGUUCGGGUUUACGUUCCUUUUUUCCCCCACUUUUUUUUGGGGAGGAAUGUCAUUUGCUUUUCGGAGGGGAGCAUCCUGGGAUGGAUGGUGGAGACCGGCUAGGGGAACCUGGUCCCUCUGGGGCCCUGCAAGUAGAUCGGAUUUCACUCCGUGGGCACCCCCUCCCCUCUCCCCCUCCCCCUCGGGGGAGCCGGCAGAGCCAAACAAAGAAAGGGAUUAACGAGAAAGGAAGAAGCAGUAGGAUUGAGUACUGAGGAUCCUGGGGUGCCCCUCCUUCCUCUGCCCUGUCCCAGGGGCAGGCCUACGGGAACCCUCAGAGAGAUGUGAGAUUUAAGAGAAAUAGUUUUGUUUGUUUUUUUUAACCAAAAAUGAGAGAGAGAGAAGAAAAAGAAAGAAACCGAGGGGUUUAAAAGAAAAGAAUACUACAAAAUAAUAAUUAUUAAUAAUAAUAAUAAUAAUUCAAAUUUAUUUCAUAUAAUCCUAGAGAAAAAGAGAAAGAAUUACUAGUUACUUAGUAGACGAUAUUCAGAUAGCUUAAAGUUUAGUAGCAUUGAGGGCCUCUGGGUCCAGUAGAAUGUACAAAAGUCGUACCGAAAAGGAAACUAAAGGAGGGAAGUGGCUGAGUCCACCCUGAGUCACCCCAUCUUCAAAUACCAGGGUGGGAGCAGGUUGCUAGUUAAGGUUGGGAGCUUCCGGUCUGCUGGGGUUGAUUCUGAGAAUCCUUGAAUUUUUAAAUUGUAGGACAAAUAGAUGAGGGGCUGAGUUCCCAGGGUGUUUGAAAGGAUGGACAUUGAUCAUUUCUACCAGGUGGAGGCUGGGCUCUGGACAGCAGAAGAGGGUGAGCACGGUUGCCUGCACCCCAGGACCUGGGGGCCUGGCCAUCCUGUCCAUCCCUCUGUCUCUGUUGGGCAGCCCUUAUGCACUCCAAAGUGAUAUGUCCUCUCUUGGGGCUCUCUGGGAGGAUGGAGAUCACCCAGCUCCAACCCUCCUGAGCCAACUUCUUCCAGGCCUAACUGAGGAAGUCCUUUUUGAAGUGUGUCCUCAAUCCACUUCACUACAGAUUGAUUCAAGAGCCUGGUAGGUCAUUCCACAAACACACACACAUGCACACACUUCGCACCUUCUCAGAGCUUCAAUGGGACUGAGGGGGUCUGUCCCCCAACCCUGUUCCCACCCAAUAUUCCACUUAGCGUUUGGCCUCCAUGGUAGCAGUGGGAAUAACAAUAAUCUUUCUCCUUUAAAGCUGCACAGUGCUUUACAGGUUUGCAAAGUGCUUUAUUGUCUCAUAGAAGUUUGCUUCCAAGAAGGACUUCCCAUCCACUGGGGGGGGAGUAAAGACACUCCUUGAAGGCCUAGGAGAAUGGGGCCCCCAGGGGUACAAAGGCAGGGGGUGGCAGCAGGGACUUUGGGUGACCCCGACCCUGACCCUCUGCCCCGGUCCACCUCCAUCUGUGAGUGUGCAGGUAGGGGUCAUCUAGUGUGUCCUGGCCUGGGGCACAUCACCCUCCCCACAGGAAAUUGGGGAGCUUGGCUUUUGCGUGUGAGAAAUCAACUAAUUUUUUAAGCACUUGCCUUCUACCAACCCCAACUUGCAAUCAGGUUGGGUCCCUCCCCCUAUCCAAGGGGGUAUGGAUGCCCCUUGGCUCUCUUUUCAACAAGAGGAGCCUGCUCUGUGACACCAAUGACUCUGUCAUGCCCCUCCCUGGCCCUAGACCCCAAACACAUCUCCCUCUCCCCAAUUUACUCUUCUCGCCCCACCUAGGGACAGAUUCCCCCUGCUCUUUUUGUCCUAGAAACCCCGCUAGUUUGGGAAGGUAGCGUCUGGGGUGGGGAGGGCUUCCCCUUCCCCACUCGAGGGUGCGGGUGGGGUAGGGUGGGUGGGGGGAGACAGCCCUGGGGCAGGAGGGAUGGUCUCUCCACUGUAGAAAGUAGAGUAGGAUUGUGGUCAGACUUAAUUUGAGGCAUCUAGUGAAGACACUUACAAAUGCACCAACAAAAAUAUUUCAAAAGCAGAAUAAAGGCGGGAAACAAACCAGACCCAUGAAUAAUCAAGUCAAAGUGAUGUUGCACAAAAUGCAGAGAAACCAAGAAGGGGGAGGGUUAAUGUAUUAAAUGUGCUAUUAAGAACUUAAUUUUAUUAAAAGUAUUAUUACUUAA